UCCGGGCAAGUAAUAAUAAUAGAUUAACUUGUUGGUAUAAAAAAUCUGGUAAAAUACCAAAGGGUAAAUACGUAACUGAAACCCCAAAACCAAAACUAACGAGAGAGAAAAAGAAAAAAAAAAAAAAAAAAACUGAAAUUCAACCAUUCGUCAAGGUUUAGUUCUCCUCCACGCGAUCGAUUCUCCGAUUCCGAAUCCAAGUCUCCGUCGGAAAUCUACCCGGCGAUUCGAUUUAGCGAAGUCUCUGCUUCGAUUUUCCAUCUGAUCGAUGAACUUAUCAAAGCGUCUGGCUCUGUUAGGAGCUCAAUCCGCGUUUUCCAUAGCUAAACCUCGAGGUUUCGGCUCCUCUUACGGCGGCUUCACUGAUCGUCGUCCGUUCCAGUACCGCCAAAUCUCGGAGCUUGUUAAAGGCAAUGGCAAGCGUGCUUUUCUCGUCGAUACAUUGGCUCUGGUGAGGAGUCUUGAAGCUCAAGGUGUUCCAUCUAAACAAGCCGAGGCGAUUACUUCUGCCAUCACCGAGGUGUUGAAUGAUAGCUUGGAAAAUGUCUCUGAGUCUUUUGUUUCAAAGGCAGAGAUGCAGAAGAUUGAAAUGCUUCAAGAUUCAAAUCUGUCAAAAUUUAAAUCUGAAGUAAAAAGUUCCCAGGAGCAUCAUUUUACGGUUUUGCAACGCGAAACAGAAAAAUUACGAGGUGACAUAGACAAGAUGCGAAGCGAGCUUAGGUAUGAAAUUGAUAAGGUCACAGCUGGACAACGCUUGGAUUUGAAUCUUGAAAGAGGUCGAAUACGUGAUGAGCUAGCUAAUCAAAACUCUGAAACAACAAACCUCACAAACAAGCUUGACAGGGAAAUUCAUGCACUGAGAGCUCAAUUAGAAGCUUCAAAAUACGAGGUGAUCAAAUACUGCAUAGGUACACUUGUCUCGAUUUCAGCAGUUGGCCUUGCUCUUCUUCGCAUCUUGGUAUAGUAGAAACCAACAGCACCUUUUAUGAUUUUAGACUAAAUUGGUGUAACUUCUCAUUUUUUACUUGAAAUCCAAGAUGUCAUAUUCUUUUUUUUCUCCAUUUUCUGGCUAUGAUCAAGAUCAACCAAGGAUCGUUGGUUUCUAUUUUUAAUUUUUAACUGCUGGAUGAUAUGUCAGAAAAAGUUUCAAGAAAAACUUAUCCAAGUCUAUUUUCUCGUGGAUAAA